AUAGAGCGUCUGUUUGUUAAUCGGUACAGAAAAUGACGUUGAUAAAAACCUUUUAAAUUGACAGCUUGAUUUGGUUUGGUUUCCGCUACUGUGCUAUUGUGCUAUUUUUUUGGUUUUACGUUAAAUAACUCAAGAAAAUGUCUAUAUCUACGGCUACAGAUGAACGCACUGAAGGAGAUGACGAUACCUCACAGGGUAGCCAACCCAAGGAUGACAGCAGUGACUCAGAGAAUGAAGAAAAUGAGAUUGAGAAUGAAAUUCAAAACCAAAAUGGUGGUUCCAUUGGCAGAGACAGUCCUGAAGUGCAUGAAAUAACUAGUGAUGAAGAAGAUUGUGUAGUGACAAAUGACGAUGACAGUUCAAAUUCUAGUUCAGACUCUAACGAUAGCUCUGAAGGGUCUCAACAAAGCAAUAAAGAUAGAGAUAAAGAAAAAGACGAACAGCCUCUAGAAAAUGGAGGUGAAGAAUCAGAUGUGGAGGAAGUUUCCAUUGAGGACCCUCUGAACCAAACCCACAACAAGGUGAAACCUAUUCUUAUCAGUGAUACUAAAAGUCUGUCAGGUUUAGCAACAAAACAGACUGAAUCAAACAAUGGUGAAGAUAACAAAGAGCCUACAGUAGUUAUUAUUGACACCAAUUCCAUUUUAUCUGGUAAAGGAUCAACCCCAGUUGCUAACAAAACUUCAACUAGCACAUUAGAUGCACAGAACUUGUGUCAAAGUAUUGCUGCUAGAGGAACAACAAUCACACCAAUUAGUUGUAAGUCAACUCCUCCUCGAUCUAAUCAGAACAAUGUGCCUGCAGCUGCACAACCAAAUAUUUUGCCCUCUUUAACAGAUGACAUGUUUGUUGUUGAAGCACCAUCUUUCAUUGUUCCCUAUGUAUAUGAAAAACCAUCUGUUAAACCAUUCAGGGAGUUUGUAGAUAAGCUAGGCAAAGAGCUUGAAGAACUGAAAAUAAAAGAAGAGCAGGAAAAGCUAGAAAAAGAGAAAGCAGAAAAGGAAAGGAAAGAAAAACUCAAACAGGAGAAAAUUGAGAGUGGUGAAGAAGUUAAAGAUGAACAGGACAGUGAUGAGGAGGGCAAGAAAGUUGCUGAGGAGGCAGCAAAAGAGAAGAAGCUUGAGAAAAAGCAACGAAGGAAGCGUAGAACUGAAGAGGAUGACGAUUCCUGGGAUGGAGAGUCUUCCAGUGAAUCUGAAGAGGAAGGCCUCAGUGAUUGUGAUAUGGUUGUAAUUAAAGAAAAAGAGGAAGAUAUAAAAGAUCCAAUUAAUAUGAUUGUAAAGGGGAUCAAGGGUAAAAGUGACAGUUAUUUUGAUUGUUCUUUAGGGCAGUUUUUCAUAAACAUUGGACUUAACUUGGUCCAGGAGUAUGUUCAGAGUGAUUUGUUAAAAACACAAAAUAGAAAGUUAUACAAAGAAAAGAAGUCAGGUCGCAGCACUAAAGCUACUGAAAGUGCUAUUGCAUCACUGAAUCAGAAUUUAGCAUACAGUAAGAAGCUCAAUGCACCGUAUGCUCUAGAACAAAAGAGAUGUGAUUUCUGUAGCUUUAAAACUGAAUCCAUUUUAGUUAUGUCUCAUCAUUUGGAAGCACCGCAUAUGAAGAACAAUAUUUACAAGUGUAACACAUGUCCAUUUGAGAUUCGUAGUCCACAUGACAUUUUGUACCACAUGGAGGCUGAGCAUAACAUCAGGGGACGACUGGAGCGAGCGCCUGCUUAUCAGCAGUGUCCCAGUUGCCAUUUUGAAGAUAAUAGCAAAACUAAACUGGCACGUCAUCUUAUUGCUUGUGCUAAGAAGUUUAAACCUGAAUUCAACCUCUCUCCACCUCUCGAGUGGGAGCCCCCAGCAAAGAUACCAAAGUUAUCCAGAGCCCGGAACAAUGUUGUAGGACCAUAUCAAUCCAAUUACAAUAGAUCACAAGUGGCAAUGGGUCCUCUAGGACGUCCACCAAUGAAUAUGUCGAACCCUAUUAUGCCGAACAUGCCAGUAUUGGGACGUCCACGAGGCCGACCUCCCCUCGCUGGUCCUGCACGUGCACCAGUUUCAGGAGUGCCCAUAAUUCGCAGUGGAGUAAUGAUCAUGCAUAACAACCCUCCUAGUGGGACCACAAUAUCUAAUUAUCCAAUUUUACCCAAUAGCCAAGGAAAUCUGUCUGCUACACCUAAGAUAUCCAUUACACCCUUACCACGUGCCCCACAACCCUCUUCGUCAAAUUCCAAUGUCAACUCCAAAGCUACAUUUGUGAUUUGUGAGAUUUGUGAUGGUUACAUCAAAGAUCUGGAACAGCUGCGGAAUCACAUGCAAUGGAUCCACAAAGUAAAGAUCCAUCCUAAGAUGAUUUAUAACAGACCACCACUUAACUGCCAAAAGUGUCAAUUUAGGUUCUUCACAGACCAGGGUCUGGAGAGGCACUUGUUGGGCUCGCACGGAUUAGUGACAAGUUCUAUGCAAGAAGCUGCCAACAAAGGCAAGGAUGCAGGUAGAUGCCCUGUAUGUGGAAGAGUUUACCAGUGGAAGUUGCUCAAUCACGUGUCCAGAGAUCACAAUAUGACUCUGAAGCCUGCCCACUUGUCGUACAAAUGUACAGUGUGCACUGCAACCUUUGGUAUGUACAAGCAGUUUGAGAACCAUGUCUACUCCGCCCACAGUGUAGUGGCCAAGCGUGUGAUAGACAAGAAGAACUCUGGCCCACCUUCCAAGGCCCCCGACACAGAUCCAUUGCUCAAACCACUCAAAAUAAGUGAUGAGAUCACUAUUAUACCUCAACCUGCUAAAUCAUCAGUGACCAUAACCGCUAAGGGUAAAUAACAUUAAAAUUUGGAAGUGUGAUAACUGAGUUAUAGCCCAUAUUGAUUUGCCCAACUUGUUUGUCAGUGAUGCACUUCCAUGGUUUCAGGCAGUAUUGUGUAUAUACAAGCUAUGUAACACCAUUCAUAGAUUUAACAUUAACAUUUUAAUGUUCAAAUCUAAUGAUAUUGUGACUAUUUUCACUAACCAAGCAAACUUGUUAUUUUAUAAAAAAAAAAAGAAUUAAAUUAAUAGAGUAAGGUGUAAAUUCAGUGUAUAAAUCCAAUAAUAACCAAGAAAAGAAUAAAAUGUUUUUUAUAAUCCUUCCAUGUCUUAGCAUCAUUUGACUUGUGUAUGUGACGUAUGUGAUGUGGUUUAAAUGUCACAAAUUAAAAUUUCCGAAGGUAAGAUCUGCAUUGUGGCUGUAGUAUAAUAGUUGAUGAAAGUUAUGAAUGUGCAUCUUUGCAAGAUAGACUUAUUAUUUACAAUAAUCAUUGUUAAGUAAUUUAUUUGCAAACUUUUCUUGUGUAACCUGUGAAAACUAUAAAUUAUUGUCUGCCUAUUUUUAUUUAUAAUAAUACUUAAUAAUUUUUAUUAUUAAUUUCAAAUAAAUGUAUUAUGAAAAUAUAUUAUAGGUAGACAUUAAUGUUAAAUGUAAAUCAAUAUGUAAGGUGUUAGUAUAAGAAUAUGUUGUAGGUUUAAAAUUAUAAGAGCAUAAAAUAUCAAUUGAAUUUCCUAAUCCAUUUUAAAUUUUGGCAAAAUGCUUCCAAUUUGGAUACAAAUUUUGAGUAACACAUCUGUUUUAUUUAUUCUGAUCUCAGGCUAAACUGGAGUGUUCAUUUGGUAAAAGUUUACUAAAUUGUUAAAGUACUUAUAGAACUGAAAUUAUGUUUUUUUUUAUUAUUAAAUAAAAAAGACCAUUAUAAGCCUAUUUGAUUUAGAAACUUCUUUAAAAUUUGAUUGAUAUACUCCAUUCAACAAACACAUUUGGUAAGAAAUCUUUUUUUGUAUUUAUAAUUAUGAUAAACUGCAGAUGUGCAUCUUAUGUUCAACCUUAAAUAAAUGAUUUUUUUAUUAAUUUCGAUGUUUUGUUUCAAGUUUUUAAUAAAUACAUUUACAUAUUA